CGUCUCCCCCCUCUGGUGUGCUGUAAUGGUUCAUCCCUGUUUGUGUUUGUUUUUGCAGGCAGGGGCAUGUGUGUGUGAGAGAGUGUGAGUGUGAGGGAGUCUGCACUUACAAUGUCAAGGUUUUUGAAUCCGAACCUGAGAAGCUUCUUCUCCACCCAGAUCAGGAUGUCUUCAGAUCAGCUGGGAGAGCUUGGGAAAGGAGCAGGGAAGGGAGGAGGAGGCGGAGGCUCUGUGAGGGAGGCAGGAGGAGCAUUUGGGAAGAGGCAGGCAGCUGAGGAGGAGAUGUACUUUAAGAGGAAAGAGCAGGAACAGUUGGCCUCUCUGAGACAGCACCAUAAGGAAGAGAUUGACCAUCAUAAGAAGGAGAUUGAGCGUAUACAGCAGGAGAUUAGCCGCCAUGAGGGCAAGAUUUGCAAACUUGAAAAAAAUGACUAGCUUUCUGGCAACAAAUGCUCACCACAAUCUCCUUCAGCUUUGAUGUUAACAUUUUUGCCGUUUGUUUGUAGGCUUGAUUUGUUGAUUGUAUUUGUUUCAAGUUCAAUAAAAGAAGGGAUAUUAAGACGCUGA